UACACACUUGCAACCACAAGCAAUCACAAACUCAAAGUCUCUCUCUCUCUCUCAAGAAAUCAUCAAUCUUCUUCUUCUUCUGUGAAGUUAGCGCAGAAAUGAAGAUGAUGAGCAGCCCAAGCAUGGGAACCUCCAAGAGGAGGCUAUCGAGCAGAGGGCUUGGUGGGGCUCUCAGAGAACAGAAGGCCAAGCUCUACAUCAUCAGGAGAUGUGUGGUCAUGCUCCUUUGUUGGCAUGACUGAAAAAAGUCUUAAUUUUUAGGGGGAAUCAGAGGAUUUUUUUUCUUCUUCUUUUCCAUAUUUUUUUUUUUUUGGUGGAGUGUACAUAGCAGCAUGAGCGGCUGUGGCGGCGGCGACAUGGCAACGGCGAUGGCGAAGGCGACGAGGAUAUUUUGGAAGGAAAGGCUUAGCAAGUUUUGUAUCACCUGGCCUAAUUGGCUACAUAUGUAAAUCGGAUAGCUUCAGCUUAAUCGAGAUAAACUUAUAUUUCUACCA